AUGAUCAAAAGCGAAGAAAUUAUGGAUUCCAAUGGACAUGCGAUCGGUCACAAUGGCCUCCAUCACAGCACACAUUUACCUCAUCACAACAGCAUAUACCGCACCUUGCCAUCGAACGUCAUAUCCACGACGAACUUCACGCCCCUAACAUAUGCCGAUCAAAGCGCCUUGCUGCGUAUGCCACAGGAGUCACCCGAACUGCAGGAGGAGAAACCCGAUCUCAAUUAUCUCGAUCGCAAAUACUACGCGACCAUGAUGACGCAGCAGCAGCCGGUGCACGUCUCGGAGGCUGCGUCUUAUGGUCUUACAUCAUUGCACACUAUGUGUUCCUCGCCGCAUCCGAACAAUGAGAAUGACAUUGGCAUGCUGAUGCCGUUAUCACCCAAUUCAUCACCGCACAAUGAGGGUGGUCUCAAAGUGCCGUCGGAUGGUGAGCUGCAGCAAUACGCCGCCACACAGCAACGCGUCAUCGCCUCGAAAAUGGUGGACAUGAAUUCUCAUUAUACACCGACCAUCAAGUAUUGUUCGAGCAAUACAAUUUUCAAUACAUCCGAAUAUUUGCCGCACAAUGAGAGCGAGCAGCCACAGCCGCCACCGCCGUCCGCCGUACCUGUGUCUGCUGCGGUCAGCUCAAGUGAUAUGUUGACACAAUCUCUACAGCGUAUGCCAAAUGUCGUCGGUGGUAUGUCAACGGUGGCGAGUGCGUCGACGACGCCGUCCGGUGUUAUAACCAGUUCGCAUAGCGUUUCCGGUCAAUUAUGUUCCACCACCGACACAAUGUCCUAUUCGAAUAGUUCCUCACCGGCUAAGUCGGUGCAUAGCGUUCAGAGUGAGACUGGGCAACAACAGCAGUCACAACAGCAGCCGCAACAACAAUCGAAUUCGUCAUCUUCACAGGAGCUCACACCGCCAGAUACGACGAAAAAAUCGGGCGCCCGCCGACCAGAGAAGCCCGCAUUAAGUUAUAUAAACAUGAUUGCGAUGGCCAUUAAGGAAUCGCCAACGGGGAAGUUAACGCUUAGUGAAAUCUACAGCUUUCUGCAGAAAAGAUUCGAAUUUUUUCGCGGUCCAUAUGUGGGUUGGAAAAACUCAGUGAGACAUAACCUUAGCCUAAAUGAGUGCUUCAAAAAGUUGCCGAAGAGCAUGAGUGUGGGCAAGCCGGGAAAAGGAAAUUACUGGACCAUCGAACAGAACUCCGCUUAUAUGUUUGAGGACGAAGCCAGUUUGCGUAGGCGACCACGGGGUUAUCGCUCGAAGCUGAAAGUGAAACCUUACCCGAGCACAAACGGGUUUUACACAACUUCCUCUUAUGAUCCUAGCAUGGAUAAUGCCAAUUUCUACGCAACACAACCGUAUGCCUCAUAUGACUACGCUACCAGCAGCGCUGCCACUGCAGCGCCAUUCACGGAUUCCUGGAAUUCACACGCUGCCCAUACACAGACCCUGCCACAGUAUUCAAAUAUAGCUGCCGCCUCAUCGGUGCUGCAUGGUGGCAACAACAACAGCGCCACACCGCCCCUGGCGCACACACUGGCCCCCUCGGCGUUGGUAAGCGGUUCGGGCAGUCCCUCGCAUGUUACUUCGGCGGCGCUUCAAAGCUCGAAUCCGGGUUUGGAUUACGCGACAGCUACCAUGGUGGCCGCCAAUUAUCCAUACGCCAGUACUGCUGGCGGUGGUGGCAGUGUAGGAGGUGGCGCAGGCGCCACUUACAGCCUUGAUAACGGUUUGCGCUCAAUGUCUCUCUCACACAUGCAUCAACAACAGCAACAACAUCACCAUUCAGCGAUGACACCACCACCACCAUUACCGCCCAGCUCCACGUCCAUGGGUAAUUCAGCGCUUAUUGAUCGGAAGCCCAUCUUCCUACCUUCGAUGACGCCACCCUCGUCCGGUGCCAUGUCCACACCACCUCUCCAUCACCAGCAUUUGGUUGGAAGCAACAACGGCGGUGGCGGCGGUUAUUAUGAACACAUAAAGUUCUCCAAUUAAUAGUUCCGUUAGAAAAAUUAAUUAAUGUAUUUUAAUAUUAGAGUUAGAGUAGCGCUU